AUGGUGGAUAGAGAGAGAGGAGAGGAUUUCAUAGAUCUGCACAUUCUUUCAUCUUUCGCUCUGUCUCUGAUAAAUGCUCCUGACUCCUUGAAGUUUUUUUUAUUUUUCACCCUGCGUUUAGUCACUGUGUUUGUUCCUCUGUGUUUGUCUUUGCAGAUCAGGACGCUCUGUUACAGCUCUCAGCUGGUCGGAGGAGCUCUUUCCCGGAAGGCAGAAACAAACGCUUCAUCCCAGCAGCUCGGGAAGAGUCUGCUGCUGUUUUCUGCUCAGCUCAGUCACUGCCGGACGGUGCUGAGGUUGUUUGAUGACCUCUCCAUGCUGGCCUACUCUCACAGCUAUGGGCUCGGAGCUGAGGAGGAGGAUGCAGGCGUUCGCUGGAUAUCAGUGCUGACCAAUGUGGCUGACCAGCUGUACUACCCCUGCGAACACAUCGCCUGGGCUGCCGACGCCGAGCUCAUCAGAGUGAAGUCUGAUAAGUGGUGGCUGUUCUGCACGGUGCUGUGGGGAACCUCGCUGCUGCUGGGAGUCCUCAGAUCACUCCGAGUUCUGAUGCUACUGAAGAAGAAGCUGAGGAAGUACGAGAGGGAAGGAGAAGGCAGAAGUCGCUCUCAGCUCGUCAAGCAGAUGCGAGGGGAGAUACUGUCCAUCCUCAGCAGCGUGGCUGACCUCAGCAACGCCGUCCACUGGAUGCCGCCUGGCUUCCUGUGGGCGGGACGCUUCCCCAACUGGCUGGUGGGCCUGAUGGGCACCACGUCCUCCCUGAUCGCUUUGAUCCAGAUGAACUCUGGCGACAGUAACCAGUCAGGCAGCACGUAAUCUUCACCGCAGUGAGGAAGAAUCUGAUGCUUUGAUCGAUAAAUGUGUAAACUGCUGACUGAAUGAGUCAAAGCAGAGCUUUGAUUUGAUCAGACUCCAAUCAGACUGAUGCUGAUUUCAGUCUUGUAGCUUGAAAUACAAAUAAAAUCGAAAUCAUCUUGAUCUAUCACUGCAUAGUAAGUGAAUAGUAAUAUAGUAAUAAAUUCACUCAUUCAUGCACUUAUCAAGAUGUGGCUGAAAAAAGCCUCUGGAAAAAAGACAAAUAAUCUUCAAUUUAGUGGAGAUGAUCGAUCAAAUAUUCUGUUGUUUAACUCUUAGUUGGCUGUCUGUUUUUUCAAUUUAUGUGUAAUUACACACAGAUGAAAGUUUUUAUGAGCCACUUUAGUCCAGUGUAGAAGUUUUCAGAAAGCAGGUUUCAGGUCAUAAAUGACAGUUCAAGCCAUAAUGAUUCUGAGGUUAAACAGAGGCAGUUUAUGGUGUACGUCGUCCUCAGUACACACUUCUUUUGCCUAAAGAGUGCAAGACUCUGUACAAGUGUGUUUAUCAGUGUGCAAAGUGGAUCCAAGACUGCAACCUCUUCCUCUCAGGUCACAGGUUAAUUCUUGUAACAAACACAGUGUUUAACAGCAGGUUUAAAGUUGGUCGUGUUCAGUCAGUCACUUUGAAAUUCAGUGCUCAAGUAGCUCCAACAGGGAUGAUAAUAGUUGGGAUUAGGAAGGAAAGUGAUGCUUUGGAAUGAGAAGUAAAUUGUUGCCUCAGAGACACAUUAAGUGCUGCUGGCUUUAAAUCAUGCAUUGAUUGAUGAACUGAGUGCCUUGGUAUGAUUGUGAUACUUGGUCAGCUGGAAUCCUGCAAAUUCAUGCUUAAAAAUGAGUUCAGUUCUUCAGAUACACUACAGCAGCUAGGCAUGUGAAUAAAUAAAGUCCUCUGUUGUUGACACUGUUCUUGUGAAAUUAGCGGCAGUGAUAUCUGAUUUGCAUAAACCAACCAGUGCAAAACCGGUGGAUUGUGUUUAGGCUAAAUCUGAAGAAAUUCUGACUUACAGCAAAAAUCAUUCUUUAAUGUUUGAUGGCAUUCCAUUAUAUACAAGUUGUAAAAUUUGAGACUGUGGUAUGACGUUUUGUAGAGAAGCAGUCUGUAUUACUGAUGAAAUUACGCAAAUGCUUCCUGAAAUAUAUUCAGAAUAGAAUGUAAAAUAAUUGUAGAUGGUGUAAAAACAAACUAAAGAACUUUUUUCAAAUAAACUUUUGAAUUGACA